UUGUUACGCUUGACAACUUUCGUUGUAAGAGUGACUCGUUCCCUGAAUUCCAAAAUCUUCAUAUGAUACAGAGAGUUAUUGGUGUCAUUUGAUAAAUCUGAGUAUUAUAUAAACUAGAAUUAACAAGAUUCUAAAUAAAAUUGAUUUACAACAUUUUAAUUUAUAACUAGUUUUAUACGAACAUUUAUGAUCUACUAAAACCCUCCAUGUGAUUGAAAAAUAGGACUCUAUAAUUGAUAGUAUUAGACUAAACUAAAAAAAAGGAGAAUUCACAGUUUAUAUAGUUACAAAAUAAACAUAUGUAAUUCCAAAUCUAAAUAUUGUAACAAUAAAAUCAAGAAAAUUGACAUUUUUAUUCCCAAGUGUAGUUCUGUAAACCAGGGAUAAAUCUUUCAAAAUGUGGUGUCCUUUUAUUUUCGUUAGAACAAUUUUUUUUGAUAAACAGUUUCGUUCGAACAAUUAUUAAAGAAACAGUGAGUUUCCUCUUAGCCAACAUAGUUACAUCCUGACAUAGUCACUGGUACCGACAGUGACUACUGUGAUUAGUUUCAUCAAUGCCCUUCAUCUUUUAUAUAAUUUAUAAUUUGACCUCCUCUGUACCACUCACCUAAAUACAAAAUUACUUCUUUGUCUCCCUCAAGUUUUCGUUGAUUCCACACUGAAUUUCCUCAAUACGUGAAUUAUAGUUUGCAAAAACUCUUUAAUUAGUACGAAAGAGAAGAAAAUCAACCUUACUUUGAAAGUAAAAAAGAAAAAGAUAAUUCACUUAUUGAGGAAAUCAUGAGUUAUUAAUCCGUACCACGGGAUCUAACAAUGGUUAAAAAGCACUCGGUCUGAAAUAAAUAUCUUCCCAAACUUGAGGGAGACAAAGAAGUAAUUUUGUUUUUAAGAGAAAAAAAUAAAACAAUUUAAAGAACAGAACAUAACAGAAGCUGCUCUUUUGUCCUAAGCUUUCUUCCUUUUCACUUUCUCCAACAUUUCUUCCCUCUGCAAGUACAUAAACCAAAAUAAACAAAAUUAGCUUUUCUGUAACAAUUGUUUUCUAUUUUCUUUUGUUUUGUGUCCUUUCCUCGUAAAACCCAUGACCCUUUUGCUUUAAUCUUCAAGAAACAUGCCUUCUUUUGCUUUUGGAUCUCCACAUCACCAUCUGUCGACUCUUAGAGACUCGCCGUACUCAGUCGAAAUCAGCAUCGACGGCGACUCCUCCGACUUGGAAUCCUUGUCUGAAGUUGAUUUAGGGAGCGGUGGUGUGACGUCUCCUGUGAAGAAGCUACAUUCUGGUGGUGAUAAGAAGAGAAGGGCGAGGAGGAGAAAGAAAAAGAAGAAGAGGACAGAAGGUAUAGAUUGCAGGAUCUGUCAUCUGCCUUUAAAGACUAACAAAGAAGAUGAAGAAGAAGAAAAUUCUGAUGAACAAGAAGAAGAUGAUGAAGCAAGAGAAGAUGAUGUUGAAGAAGAGUAUUAUGGUUUGCCUUUGCAAUUGGGUUGCUCUUGUAAAGGUGAUUUGGGUGUAGCUCACAGUAAGUGUGCUGAAACUUGGUUCAAGAUCAAAGGAAACAUGACAUGUGAGAUAUGCGGCGCAAUGGCUAUAAACGUUGCUGGCGAACAGUCAAACCAAGAGAGCAAUGCCUCUGCCCAUUCACAAACAGCUGCAGGACAAACUCAGACAGAGACAAGGGGAAGCUGGCAUGGUCGCCGUGUUAUGAACUUCUUACUUGCCGUUAUGAUCUUUGCGUUCAUUGUUUCUUGGCUUUUUCAUUUCAAAGUCUUGAAGUGAAACAAAUUCCAUCUCAGUCUCUUUCUCCCGCAAGCACACGCUCACUCUUCUUCUCUUGUUCUUGAGCUGUUUGCUUUCGCUAAAUCAAUCCCCCCUGUCGCUUGAUUGUUCACACGUUUUGUAGCUGUAUAAACUUGGUAGUAGGUUUUUAGAUUGUUGUGACUUGUGAGCCUUACAUCUUGUAUAAUAUUUAUCUCUGUUCCGGCUCUUUUGGUUCCA